CUUUUCUUUUGUUCACUUUCCCCAAAAUUUCUCCGAAACCAAAAAAAAUCUAUCCGACGAAAUAAUGUCCACUCCAGAUCUCAAUCCCAAUCCCAAUCCUAAUCCCUCCGUCUCUGUAGCCGUAUCGCGUUCUAUCUCCACCGCAUCGGAAUCUCCGGUGACACAACCUAACACAGUUAAAACGCCGUCGUCUCAACCGCCACCAGCUUCGCCGUACCGAGCCAUAGCCCCGUUUCACCGUCAUCCUCAACAGAAUUUCUACCCGCAUCCUUUACCGCUCAGGCGAUCCAAUUCCGUUGCCGGUUCGCCUCACCAGCCUCACCAAGACCCUUCAGGUCUUGUCUAUCCGUAUCCUUCUUCGGGUCGAGGGUUACCGACCCGACCCGGGAGACAGAAUUCGAGUUCCGUGGCCGAUCCAAUGGGUAGUCCAGGUGGGUAUCCUCCUCGGCCAGCUUAUGUAUACCACCAUGGACAAUCUAGGUCGAAUUUGGAUCCAAUGAUUCAGUUCAUGAGAACUGCACAUCCUCAAAUUCAACAGUCUCCUCAUCUCGGGUCGGGUUACAUGAUUGGAGUCCCUCACUUCUUGCAACCUCGGGUUGCUUAUCCUCCUACUUCAAUUCUAGACAAUAGUGGGCGUAAAAAUGCGAGAAGCCGGGAUGAGGUGCUUGUCCUCGUUAGAAAAAGAAAGGUUAGAAUAACAGAAGGAGCUUCUCUAUAUUCACUUUGUAGAUCAUGGCUGAGGAAUGGUGCUCAUGAGGGAAUUCAGCAGCAGCGAAGUGAUACAGUGACAUAUUUGCCAAAGCCUUUGCCUGUGGAUAUGAUGGAGACAAGUUUGUCAAGAGAAUCAGUUGAAGAAGCACAUCGUGAAGAAGACAACGAGGACGAGGAAUCUGUGAAACAGUUGUCAGAUUCUGAUCUUUUGAAAAGACAUGUGGACCGAGCUAAGAAGGUCCGCGCUCGAUUAAGAGAAGAUCGGUUGAAGAGGAUCGCGAGGUACAAGGCAAGAUUGGCUCUUCUCUUGCCACCAUUUGGAGAGCAAUGCAGGAGCGAGUAACUAGUGACUUUUAUGUGAAUAUUCUAUUGCAGUUGACUUAGAAUUAACAUAAUUUACCUCAGAUGUUCGUGUUACAGUGUGUGUGUGUGUGUUCUUUAUUGUCUCCUAGUAGAUUCGUUUAAAUUUGGAAUUAUCGUUCCUCUUAGCUUUGAGAUAAAUACUAGUCAAUGUAAGAAAGAUUUUCUCUGAGUUUUCUUGAAACACUCCUUGAUGAUUCUAACUAUGCAA